AUGGCGCAGCAAGAGCAAGCCAUCCGCCUCAGGAACGUCGUGAAUCAAGGUCGCUUCUUUGAGCUGCCUUUCGACACAAUCUUGUUCCUUAUCAAAGCAGCAUACUCGCACGAGUUGGAGACUUUGAAGUCUGCAUAUUCCGUCAAGUCAACGAAUCCUGAGCCCGUACCAAAAACGCCAUCUCCGUCUCAGAUACUGUACCGCGUCGACUACGAUGAAAUAAACAGGACUCUGACCAGUAUUCAGUCACUGUUCUGGAUAGCCAGGAAAGACUACACGUCAUUUGUUGGCGUUCAAGCAGCCGAGACACGGCUCUCUGUCACCUCGUUCGAAUGGAUGGUCGCAUUGUUCGAGAACACAAUCGAAACGAGCGAAGAUUUGUACACCUUGAUCACGUCAAUCAUCAUCAACGAUCUGGGCAAGUCUCCCUCAUUAGCAACGGACUACUACACCAUCACUCACAUAGAUGUGGCAAAGGACAACCAUGACGUGAUUCUGUACAAAGCAAUAAGAGAUUGUCCGCAUCUAGUACCUUCUCUACAACAUUUGCGUCCACAACAAAGAGAAGAUCUGACAGCUGGAGUAAAACUGGCAGCGACGCUGAACUUUGGGCAGCUCGCACAAGCUGAGAAUGUACCGGCUUCCUUGACCGGACUUGAGGCCAUGAGAGGCCGUCCCCAUGCUUUCAACAUGCACUUCUUGGAGCAAACACUAGACGUCGCAGGAGCAGCUGGUCAUGUGACGCACGGAUAUGCGGCCAAGCUGAUAGAACCGGUCUUCGAGUCUUAUAGGAUAGCCCACGAUGUUGCACAAAGUAUCUUGAGACAUGGAACCAGUUUGAGGGUUGGCUAUGAUCUCGUUCUGAAACAUAAAGUUCGAUUUCUCGAAGCCGCCGGAUGGGCUGAAUCGGCAUUUCUGCACGUCGGCAAAGCAGAACAUAGAGCACUAAUGCGACUGCUGUGUAUUGGAGGCGCCUCAAGCGUCGACGAUGCGAAUUUGAUAUAUAAGACAUUUCAUCACGGUCUUCUCGACGAGGAGCGAGAGUUACUAGUCGAAGGGCUGAAUCGUGAUGGUUCGGCUCAGCAUCCUGCAAUUCAAGCAACAUACAUUCCUGCGAUGUACCAGAUUGCCAUACAGAACACUAGCACUGGAUCUGACCUUGAGAAAUACCGAGCGUUGAGUGCGGUCCUUCGAUAUCUGGCCAAGCUGUUGCGUGUUGACGAUGUGGAGGCUGGUAGACUUUUUCCAAAAGUCAUGGGGAUAGAGCGGGAUGUGCGAGCGAAGCUUUGGGAACCCCUUAUUUCAGAUCGGUUCCGGCAAGCUCCGAACAUAGUUGACCGAGUUGAGCUGCCAGAAUUUGGUCCUGGGAUGGGGGUGAUGUAG